GGGCUUCUCCACCGAGGUUGUGGUUUUGAACUGGGACGGCCAUUUACGAUCGAAGGAACGCAGCUUUGUUGUUGUCGUCCUCGUCCCCUCGUCGUCGUCGCCGGCGGUGUCUGUGUUUUUUCUUCUUAUAAUCCUUCUACCACUUUCCUUUACCCUUUAUAUAUACCCCAUCCCUCGCUGAUACCCGCUUCUCCCCACUCUCUUACACGCCUCGCUCACGUCCUCGACAUGCAAGACAUCUACGCUCCCUCCUUCCAUCCACGUCCCCCCUACUCCUCCUCCCCCUGCUACUCCCCCAACGACUCUCCCCCGGAAGACAGCCCCUCUGUCCCUCUCAAAAUGCACGAACAGCAGCCUCUCCCCCACAAGUCAGAGUCAAAACCUCAGGCGACCUUUCUCACCAAGCUAUAUGCUCUCCUCGAGCGUCCAGAGAACCACCACAUGAUCAGAUGGGACCCUGCUGGCGAGCAUAUCAUCGUGGAACGGCCUGAGCAACUCGCCCUGCACGUCCUCCCGACCGUCUACCGUCAGUCAAGGUUUGCGAGCUUCUCUCGGCAACUAAACAUCUAUGGCUUUAUGCGCAAAGUAAACCUCCGCAACGUCGACCCCGCCAUCGAUGAUCCCGAUGCGAGCACUUGGUCCCAUCCCACCCUCAAUCGCCACUCUCCCCCCGAGGUCGUCGCAAACUUCAAACGCCGCGUUCCCCCGCGUCUGCCUAAACCCAGGAAACGCGAGUCCCAGGAGACGCCUACAAUCCCUCCCCCUCGUUCUGCUAUUGGCGUCGCUCCUGUGCCCCUCUCUGUCCCUCCUCCCAUCGGCGCAAGAAAUGGCUCGUUCACCGGUCGGGCCCGUGGUUUCUCUGCUCCUGGCUCGUUCACUCCUCUCAGCCAAGGAGGCGCUGCAGGCUGGGGCACCUCGUAUCCUCGUGCAGCAUUGCCCCCGCUCGCUGUGCCUCCUACCCUUUCUCACCAGAACCUGUACGGCCAAUCCAUCUCCCCGGCAGAGGAAUCCCCCUCCACCCAGUUCAGCGCCAUGGCGCCGGGAACGGGUUAUGCGACUAACCAGGUCACUACGUCCCAGUACUCGUAUCCGGAACCCAGCUGGUCGUUCUCUCCAAACAGCUCGGCGUCGAGUCACUCUGGCAGCCUGUCUUCCCUUUUGAACCCUCCUGCAAGCAACGGUUUCAGCACACGUCCAAACCCGACGAUCAACACGUCUUACACUUCGUAUCCUGCCAUGCCCAUGCACAGCGACCAUACCCCUCCGUCUUUGUCGCCGGAUACCCACAGUCGUCCCACGACGGGUUACUCGAUCUCUUCGGUGUCGUCGCUGCCGUACGAGGAGUCCCCUCACCACGCAUACCCACACGGCGAGUUCUCUCGCAAGACUUCCCCUACGUCCCGCCCGUCGUCGUCGUCGAAGCAGUAUGGGCCGGGUUCCUUGAGCAUUCGUCGUCCACGUCGCCAUAGCCAGGCGAUCAGCCCAUACCCCUCGCCAUAUGACCACCAUGCGUCAGAACGGCGUUCGCCUUCGCCACAGCCUGCUGAUGACCACAACGUAAGCAUGUCCCGUGUGCGCAGCGUGACACAACUGUCCUCUGUUGACCCGUACGGGUUUCCCUCGGCUCAUGCCGACUUCGCUUAUUCCGCCGUCGAUUCGAUGGACUGUCGGGGUGGAUGGGGCCAUCAUGCACAAGCUGGCCAACGCCCUUCUACGAGCGCAUCGUCUAUCAGUGGGGCCUCACAUACGUCAUCGUCGCAGGCAAACACGCCGCCGCUGAAUGAUGGAUAUGCGGAGACGAGCAUCAAUCGCUGUAGUUUGAACCAGUCUCACCUGACUUUGGAAUCGUGCCAUUGAACGAUCAUCUACCCUCGCAAUAUACCAAGCCGACACGCGAACUUUAGAAGUCGGCAUUUCGCGGGGUUGUUAGAACGAGUGCUGCACGUUGGUUGCACGACUGCUCAACGAUGAUUCACGCUUUUGUCGCCUGUUUUUUGUUUUUGUUUUGUUUUUUUUCUGUUCUCUUGUUUUUUUUGUUUUUUUUUUUGCACUGAUGACCACCUCUCCUUUCUUCCAUGGUUGA